AAAUGCCCUUAGUGUGGAUCUUUGCUCUGUUGGCAUGCUUGGAUGCACAGCAGCUCUUCCUGUAGCUUCUUUUCGUCUGCCCCAUUGCAAGAAGAUGGCAAAAGCAAACAUUACCAGAGAUAUCAUCCACAGACAGAUCAAGGAGAGGGGUGCGCUGGGCUUUGAACGACACUACCAUGUCACUGAUCCAUUCAUUCGACGCCUGGGCCUAGAAGCAGAAUUGCAGGGUCACUCUGGGUGUGUCAACUGUCUAGAAUGGAAUGAAAAAGGAGACUUGUUGGCCUCUGGCUCUGAUGACCAGCAUACCAUUGUCUGGGAUCCUCUGCACCACAAGAAACUCCUUUCUAUGCACACAGGACAUACUGCAAACAUCUUUUCUGUCAAGUUCUUGCCGCAUUCAGGAGAUCGGAUCCUCAUCACGGGAGCUGCAGAUUCCAAGGUGCAUGUCCAUGACUUGACUGUCAAGGAGACCAUCCACAUGUUCGGAGAUCACACCAACAGAGUUAAGCGGAUUGCCACGGCUCCCAUGUGGCCUAACACCUUCUGGAGUGCAGCAGAAGACGGGCUAAUCAGACAGUAUGAUCUGCGAGAGAACAGCAAACGUUCAGAAGUUCUGAUAGACCUGACAGAGUACUGCGGGCAGCUGGUGGAGGCCAAAUGCCUGACGGUCAACCCCCAAGAUAACAACUACUUAGCAGUAGGGGCAAGUGGACCCUUUGUGCGGCUCUACGACAUACGCAUGAUCCACAACCACAGAAAAAGCAUGAAGCAGAGUCCUUCAGCUGGAGUGCACACAUUCUGCGACCGACAGAAACCCCUUCCGGAUGGUGCGGCACAGUACUACGUGGCAGGCCACCUUCCAGUGAAGCUUCCGGACUACAACAACCGGCUGAGAGUUCUGGUGGCCACAUACGUCACCUUCAGUCCUGAUGGCACUGAGCUCUUGGUCAACAUGGGAGGGGAGCAGGUCUAUUUGUUUGAUCUAACAUACAAACAACGACCAUACACUUUUCUCCUCCCAAAGAAGUGCCAUGCUUCAGGGGAAGUGCAGAAUGGAAAAACCUCUACCAAUGGAGUGUCGAAUGGCAUCCAUCUCCACAGCAAUGGCUUCCGCUUGUCUGAAGGAAGAGCACAUGUGAGUCCCCAAGUGGAGUUGCCCCCGUAUCUGGAGAGAAUCAAGCAGCAAGCCAACGAGGCCUUUGCUUGCCAGCUGUGGACUCAAGCCAUCCAGCUAUACAGCAAAGCAGUCCAGAAAGCCCCCAACAAUGCCAUGCUGUAUGGAAACAGAGCUGCUGCCUACAUGAAGCGCAAGUGGGAUGGGGACCAUUACGAUGCUUUAAGAGACUGCUUGAAGGCCAUAUCCUUGAAUCCAUGCCACCUGAAGGCCCAUUUCCGUCUUGCCCGCUGUCUCUUUGAACUCAAGUAUGUGGCAGAAGCACUGGAGUGUCUGGAUGACUUUAAAGGGAAGUUCCCAGAACAAGCCCAUAGCAGUGCCUGCGAUGCACUAGACAGAGACAUCAAUGCAGCCCUCUUCUCCAAGAGUGAUAAUGGUGAGUGCCAGGGUUCAAAAGGGGGUGGCCCCAUCCGGCUGCGAGCCACAGGCCGCAAGGAUUCCAUCUCAGAGGAUGAGAUGGUGCUGAGGGAGCGCAGCUACGACUACAAAUUCCGAUAUUGUGGCCACUGUAACACUACUACAGACAUCAAAGAGGCCAAUUUCUUUGGCAGCAAUGCACAGUACAUAGUCAGUGGGUCAGAUGACGGCUCCUUCUUCAUCUGGGAGAAAGAAACCACCAACCUUGUUAGAGUGCUGCAGGGAGACGAGUCGAUUGUGAAUUGUCUCCAGCCUCAUCCCAGUUACUGCUUCCUGGCUACCAGCGGCAUUGACCCAGUUGUACGACUCUGGAACCCUAGGCCAGAGAGUGAAACCCUUAAUGGCCGCGUGGUAGUAGACAUGGAAGGUGCUUCCCAAGCUAACCAGAGACGGAUGAAUGCAGACCCGCUGGAGGUGAUGUUGCUGAACAUGGGGUACCGGAUUACAGGACUGACCAGUGGUGGGGCUGGAGGCUCAGAUGAUGAAGACAGCUCAGAGGGGCAAGUGCAGUGCCGGCCCAGCUAAAACAGAACUGCCUCUCCUUCCUCUAAUUGUUUGGCUGAAAGGGAACCUAGUUUCCUUGGUCCUGAACUUUCUCUGAUGAAUGACUGCACUGUUUCGCACUAUGCACAGAGUAGGACAAGCUGGCAGGGGCAGGAGCGGCUGUCUCUUUAAACCAUCGCCACCACCUCCUCCUUCUCCCCUCACGCUACCGAGCAGCAUGGCAGUGCAGUUUGGGGUUUGCCUUUAGUGGAAUUUAGUCCCAACAGGGGUAUUUGAGUUGUCUGUAAGCAGUGUAAGCUGGUGAUCUUUCUUUCCAGAGCUGCUGUAUGAUCUGGUGCAGGGAGAUGUUGCCUGCGUUCAUGCAUUUGCAGAGGGGAUGUUAAAUUCCUGAAUAAAAUACAAACCUAGGGCGGGGGUUGUGGAAUGAA